AUGAGGACCAAAAGAUCUUUCGCUACAUUAAGGAAAGUGGCUUCUAAUGUUUCGUUUGGAGGUGAUAACUCUUCUGUUAGAACGAAUUAUUCAGCUGCGAAAUCUUGGAGGCUUCAUGGAUACAGUCGAGACAGGAUUAAUGGAGCAGAAACGCCGCCAAUAAGACGAAAAUACCGCAAACGGGACAGAUUGAAGGCUAUGUUAACUGGAUGGAGUUCGAGGUACCUGUUGUACGAAACAGAUGUAGGGUCAUCCAGUCUUGAUCUUGGUGUGGAUCAAAACGGUGUGCAUGAAGAUGCCGACCAUGGAAGUAGUGACGACUCGCUCUUCAGUGUAAUGCAACAAGCAAGGUCCAACACCAUAUACAAUAGGAUCAAGUCAGACAGAUACUCGUUCCCGCAGAAUGAACUCGGUGACGAUUCACUUCGAUCAAAUACCGGAUUGAAAAUGACAGGUUCCAAGAGACUAUCAUCAAGGUCCAUAAAAGAGCGCAUCCUUCAUCGACUCGCUAAGAAACCCCCAACAGCUACCGGAUCUCCAGAGACUAUGUUUGGGAUUCCCUCGGAGCUUACAAAAACAAUUGCAACUUGUGUUUUGGAUAAUAGGUCGUUUGUAUCCACCGAAGAUUCUCUAUCGGGAAACUUAGACCUCAAAGUCAAUAUACCACUGCUAGACUACAAUAUUACACCCAGAAAAGACACAUCCGCCGACGAUAGCUUAGGGUUUACUCCCAGAUACAACCAUGAAUUUCACAUCGACCCCCCUCCCAAAAAUUUGCCAAAACAUUUACAUGCAAAAUGGGAGCGCAGCCAAAUGUUCAAGAAUACCGCCAGGACCUACGACCACGAAAAGUGGAAGUCGAAGCAACUGUUAUUGAACCUGGAGAAUGCUACAGAUGAUGAAAGACCCAAUUCAGGCGUUUCAGUCUUAACAAAAUCAACCACAAAAGACGGUGAUAACAUAUCUUCCAAUAUAUUUGACAACGUUACCAAAAUAUUCACGCCAAAUAAUAGUUCCAAGGUUUCCAGCUGUGCUCCAAGUAGUCCUAAAAGCAUUUUUGAUACAUCAAAGUUGUUCUUUCCUGCCACUCCCAAGCUAGGAAAUCUUUCAGGAAUGUUCUCUCUUAAAAAUAGACAAGCUUCCCAAAAAUCCCUAUCUAGUAGAUUCAACUCGAUGGCUUCCUCAUUUCAAUCUACAUCUACGAUAUCGUCUUCGACAGUAUGCAAAGUUUCAAAUAUUACUAAUAAAAACUUCAAUUACCCCGAAAAUUAUUCUCUUUAUUCAGAAGACACGUUCUGCCACAAAAGGAAUAAUAAGUACGUCAAGAAUAUAGAGAAUCGACCCCAGGAUGAGACCUUCUCUGAGUUUAGUUUCUAG